UAACCCGUUCUUGAUUAAUCAUGUAAAAGUUUAGAAUAUUCAGUGUUUGGGUCGCAGUUGAAAAUUCUUUUUUUGCAUAUUUUAAAUUAGCUAAAAUUACCUUAGAUCAUACUACAUUGUCGUACAGUGUUGAUUCGGCAUACAAUAGCUCUUUUACAGUAUAAAAACAUCACAAUUCGGAUCAAUGUUUCGUAGUUUCAAUUAAGUGGUACUUUAUUCAGAUAUUGAAUAAGACCUUUCUUCUAAUUAGCCUAAAGAUUACCAAAAAACGACAGACAAGUUUUAGAUAAAAACGGGAAAAACUUUGGGUAGAUUUUCUACCAAUACUGCUACCGAAGCAACACCAGUCUAAUUCGUUAUCAAAAGUACCUGCACUCAUGCGGUAAAGUUGAUAAGAUAUCGCAAAACAGUGUGGAAAACUCUAGUUCUAAUACGCGAACAUUUAACGCUCCACAGUUGUAGAAGCAAGAGCUGGGUGUUGUGUGGUGAAAUUAAAAAAAACUGCUAGCUGGUGAAAGAUACCGCAAAAACCCAGCCAUAAGUGGUGAAAUUUGUGAUAGUUGUUUCCUAAACUGCUGACUAUCAAGUCAAGCAAGAUACAUUUUUCGGUUAAGUGACCUUCAACUUCAAAGGUGUAAAAAUGGCGACCGAACGGAAUGACCUCAAUAUGGGUAUGCGAUGUGUGAAGUACAUGAUAUUCGUCAUCAAUUUCAUGUUUCUGCUCACAGCAAUCCUCCUAGUCACCGUUGGAACAGCAAUCGGAACCAUUUUCGAUGAUUUCGAGUACUUUAUCGAUUCACACUUCUUCUCGCCAGCGCACUUGCUUGUAGCGAUCGGAUUCAUCAUGAUGGUCGUUUCAAUCUUCGGCUGCGUCGGAGCCGUUAAGGAGAGUACCGCGAUGAUCAAUAUCUACGGCGUCAUGUUGGCCUUAGUUUUUAUACUGGAAGUAGCUGCUGCCAUUUCUGCAUUCGUUCUUCGCGGACAGGUUGAAGAAAUGGUUCGUCGAACCAUCAACGAAUCAAUGGCUAGCUACAAAACGAAUACGAAUGUCCAACAAUCGGUUGAUUUCAUGCAGCGUGUGCUCGAGUGCUGCGGAGUGGAAAGCUAUGAAGACUGGGCGUUCUUCAUGCCAAUCCCGACCAACCCGGAGGACAUAGAGCUCCCCGAAUCGUGCUGUCUGCCAUCCACGAUGGAGGAAAAAUGCGUUCCCUACGAUUACGGUUGCUACUCUCGACUGGGCUGGGUCGUGUCCCAGAGUGCCGGAUUGAUUGCUACAGGAGCUACCACCGUAGCUUUCGUGCAGAUUCUGGGCAGUAUCUGUGCCUUCAUGUUGGCUCGAACGAUUCGGCGUACGAAAUCGCUACGAGCGGCACGUCGCUGGCAGCUGCAGCAGAGCUUGGGCAUUAUGGCCAAACCGCACGAUCCACCCUACACGCAGAUGGAGAAAUCGGAGAAGAAUGCCGACUCGGAAAUGUAUUUGCCGAACAGCCCCAGUGUUAAUUAAAAUAUGGAAAUUUGAUGGAUGAUUAGCUAAUAUACGAACUAAUUAUGCAACAAAUACAUUAAUGUGAUUGUAUUUCAUACCAGUUGUAAUGGAUAUACUUAAAUAAAAAAUUUAAUUGGAUUGUUA